AUGAUUCGGUCCUCGCCACGGGGUCAUUUCUUCCUCGACCUGCUGCUGGAGAAGGCAGCAGCAUGGAUGCAGAACAUUGAAAAAGAUCAGGGCGCCUUUGACGAGACUGUAUUGGAGAUCCUAGGUUUGGAGGCUACUGCACGAGGAGAUGAAGGCUACGAUUCUGAGUGUGCACAGUAUGUUUGGCCAAAUGCAAAGGGCAACCACGAGAUUGCACUCUAUGCCAUGUGUUGGUGGCGCAUCUGCCAGCGCCUGGCAGGACCAUUUGGCGCUCGGCGCUCCACGUUUUUCCACUUUGCAGAUCCGCGAUUGGUUGACAUCAAUCACGUGGUGGGUGCCCGUGGCUUGAAUGAGCCAGCAGUUCUGCAUCACUUCGCAGGACGCUCCAAAGACUGGGACUUCAUGCUGGAGACAUUUGGCAUGGCCAGGCGCAACACCGGAAAUUGCUUUAAGCCCAGUGCCAAAUCUCCAAGACUUCUCCCUUUUGUUUAA